UCGACAGAGAUCGCGAGUACGCCAGUGUUCAGUUCGGCCCCACGCCGUCAACAUCAUCUUCGGGGUUGUUGUUCCACUCAUUCUCUCUUCUUUAUAUUUAUAUUUUAAAAUUAUUUACACUGUUAUUUAUUAUUUUUUUAUUUUAAUAUUUAUAUCAUCCAUUGUUAUUUUUUUUUUAAAUAUCGCCUGUGUUUAUUUAUGUGCGACGAGUUUUAAUCAUCAAGGAACUCCAAAAAAAAUUUAUUUAUUAUUGUCAAACUCAGUAGUAAUUUAUAAUUAUUUUCGCCGGUGAACUUUAUCAAGAAACUACUGAAUUUAGUGAGUCAUCAAGUGAUGAAAUAGUGAAAAAGGUGAUGAAGACUAAGUGAGAGAGAAAGUAAAGUCUCUGGACUGUCUUUACAUAAAUAUAUAUAUAUAUAUACUAAAAUAUGUUUAUGUAUUUUGUUGACGGAUCGUGAAAAGUUCAAGGUGACAGCUGACAGAGUUUACACCAAAAUACUUAAUUAUUACCAAUAUUCAACUCUGGCAUAAUUUAUUUAAAUCACAAGUGUCGACUAUUCAAUUAUUUAUCAAUAAUUUUCAAACCUGUCCUGAGUUUUUCUGUUGACACGGGAAUUGUUACACAAAUAAUUAAUUACUUCGUUUGCUGAAAAAAAUUGAGUUACUGACAUUACAACAUGGAAGAUAGAUUUAAAUAAUGCAUAAUUUCGCGGGAAUUUUUAAAAAGUGAUACCUUUUUACCUUCGGGUUAGUUUGUUGAGCAGACGCCGGCAUCCAAGUCGGCAGUCGCUGAAAAAUAGGGGGUUCUAGCGUGAUGCAGCGGACGGGUCCCAUCGGAGGACCCGGUCAUCUAGGACUCCAGGGGCCACCUCGGAGUCUCAAGAUAUCAUCAGCAAAAAUCCAAGACGAGUCUGGCGAUCCAAUAUCUCAGAAAGUUAAAAGUUCGUUGUGCGUUGGCUGCGGUGGUUGGAUUCAUGAUCAAUGGAUCCUGAGGGUAGCUCCAGAUCUAGAGUGGCACGCAGCGUGUUUGAAAUGUGCUGAAUGCCAGCAAUUUUUAGACGAAAGAUGUACAUGCUUUGUUAGAGACGGAAAAACCUACUGCAAACGUGAUUACACGAGAUUAUUCGGGACCAAGUGCGAUAAAUGUAAUCAGUCAUUCAACAAAAACGACCUGGUGAUGAGAGCAAAAACGAAAAUAUACCACAAAGAAUGUUUCCGUUGCUCGGCGUGUAUGAGGAAGUUGGAGACCGGUGACCAAUUUGCACUGAGACACGACGGACUCUUUUGCCGGCAUGAUCACGAUAUACUCGAAAGUGGAAAAUAUUGUACAGGUGCUGUAGAUACUGCUGGAAAUGAAAAUAACAACAAUGCUUCAUUAACAAACAAUAAUCAUCAUCUGCAACCAAACGAUGCUUCCAUGUCCGACUCGGAGUCGGAGACUGGGUCUCACAAAGCGGGAACUGGCAACACGCGAGUGCCCGGUAGUCACAAGAGCGGAGGUGGUUCUGAUGGAAAACCAACCCGAGUACGCACGGUGUUGAAUGAAAAGCAGCUGCACACACUGAGAACUUGUUACGCGGCAAACCCACGACCAGACGCUUUGAUGAAGGAGCAGCUUGUCGAGAUGACUUCUCUCAGUCCACGUGUUAUUAGAGUUUGGUUUCAGAACAAGCGAUGCAAGGACAAAAAAAAAACUAUCGCUAUGAAACAACAAAUGCAACAAGAAAAGGAUGGCCGUAAAUUAGGCUUCGGUGGAAUGCAUGGAAUCCCUAUGGUGGCUAGUAGUCCAGUAAGACACGAAAGUCCUAUCGGAAUGACUCCUCUAGAAGUUCAAGCCUAUCAGCCACCUUGGAAAUCACUUUCUGAUUUUGUCAUGCACACAGAUCUUGAUAGAAUGGAUCCAAAUGCUCCGUCGUUUCAUCAUCUAGUCUCUCAGAUGCACGGUUAUGAUAUUCACGGUGGAGUACCUCCGCAAUUAUCUCAACCAGGCAUGAUGGGCUCGAUGAACGAUGGAACCGGUCCAGGUGGAGGACCACUACCGCCACCGGGACAUCUUCAUCCUGGGGCUGGUACUGGUCCCGAUAUGGGACAGCAUCCAGACAGUACAGACAGCUACGUUACUUAUCUUGAAAGUGACAGUGAUUCCUUGCAUCAUGACACCGGCAGUCCGUAGUGCCAUCCUCUUAAUCUCCAUUGUAAAUAGUUAUCGUAAAAAAAAUUAUAAUUCUCACUCUCACUCACUCUAAUUACUAAAGAUUAAUUAAUUACCUCGGUAGUAAUAAAUUAUCAGCUUGUUUACGUUUUAAUAAAUUUUUUAUAUAAUAA